UAUACACUAUAUUGCCAAAAGUAUCGUGACUCCCCUCCAAAUCAUUGGAUUCAGGUGUUCCAAUCACCUCCAUGGCCACAGGUGUAUAAAAUCAAGCACCUAGGCAUGCAGACUGCUUCUACAAACAUUUAUGAAAGAAUGGGUCGCUCUCAGGAGCUCAGUGAAUUCAAGCGUGGUACCAUGAUAAGUUGUUACCUGUGCAAUAAGUCCAUCCGUGAAAUUUCCUUGCUACUAAAUAUUCCAUGGUCAACAGUUAAUGGUAUUAUAAUAAAGUGAAAGCAACUGGGAACAACAACAACUCACGCACACCACCACUGGACUCUAGAGCAGUGGAGACGUGUUCUCUGGAGUGAUGAAUCACGCUUCUCUAUCUGGCAAUCUGAUGGAUGUGUCUGGGUUUGGCGGUUGCCAGGAGAACAGUACUUGCCUGACUGCAUUGUGCCAAGUGUAA